AUGAAGUUAUUCCUUCGUAAAGAGCCCAGAUCGCUGGCCCUUUUGUCAAAUGGUUAUUUACUCAUUUUCGAGAAGUCCCGUUUGCCUCAUUUUGCGCAAGAUGGGAAAAGUAACCAACCCACUGCUGUUGUCGUCUCCAUGCCCGAAGAUCAGCUAAGUGCACAAGGAUUCAAUGAGAUAACAGGAAGAGUUUUCAAUGGUCUCCUUGGUCUUAUUUCUGUGAACAAUAAUUUAUUUGUUGGUCUCAUCACAAACGUUCAGAAGGUUGCUUAUCCUAGAUGGAAACUCACAAAUGCAGGAGAGAGAGAAGACAUUGAAUCAAUAUACCAGAUUUUGAACGUUGACUUUUUUUGUCUGAACAGUGAGUUGUUUGAUUCUGGUUUUAGCGAAGUUCCAGAGCAGAGUCACGAAAGGUCAUCAAGUGAACACUCUUACGCUGACUUGAAAAAAUUGUUCAGCGAUGGAUCUUUUUACUACUCUCGGGACUUUGACUUGUCGAACAUAUUACAAGAGCGGGGCCUAACUAACGGACUCGACUAUGCUAUUGAUAACCAGGAUCAAAGUUUCAUUUGGAACAGUAACAUGAUAAAUGAAGUCGUUCAAUUGAGGAAUAGGAUGACAGCCUUGGAGAGGCCUCUUUUCGACGGUGGGCUCUUCCUUACAUUUGUAAUGCGAGGGUUUUGUAAGACUACACUUGUUACAGAAGUUACUUCUUCUCCUUUAACACUCACUAUAAUAUCAAGAAUCUCAACUGAGAAUAAAGAUAACAUUUUUGAUCUGCAAGGUAUAGACAAGCAAGGGCACGUAUCUGGUUUCAUUGAAACAGAAAUAAUCUUCUCUUCCCUGCGAUAUGUUUUUGCUUAUGUUCAAACCAGAGGUAAUGUGCCUCUUUCUUGGGAAGUCACUGAGGGGCAAAUUUUACAUGGGAAGAAGAUCAAAUUAAUGGAAGAUCCAGCCUACUUUCAGGCAGCUUUCGAUAAGCAUUUCGACACAAUGGCUUCCAAAUAUGGCGUUGUAAGUGUUCUUAAUCUGGUGAAACCAAAAAGUGAAUCGCAAGAAGUACUGAGUAACACCUACAGAAUAUGUGCUGACAAGAAAAACGUUAGAAUCAUAAAUGUCGAGUAUGGUUCAGAUAUUUUGACGAAGCAAACGCACAAACUCAUUUACCUACUAAAGCAGGAUAUCUACGAAUUUGGAGCUUUUGUCUACGAUAACCAAAAAGGCAUAUAUGCUGGUAAGCAAACGGGUUGUUUACGAAUUAGCGCCUUCGAUUCGAUAGAACGUCCCAACCUAGUUGAAAGAUGUGUCAGUAAGGAGGUUAUAGAAUUAACUGCUUCAGAGUUGAGUGACGCAGAGAUAUCUGGCAGCUUUAUUGGCGCCCACGACAAGCUUUGGGCGGAAAAUUAUUUUUGGCUCAACAGGCUUUUCAGUGACAACUUCAAGAACCUUAAUAAGUACAAGAGGGUUUAUUGGAAGCUUUUUAGCUCCAGUUGCCGAGUUUGUCUAUAUGACCCAUUACACGCUCAUAUCUCAAAGCUUAUGCGUAAGAUGAGAAAAGAAUUCACUUAUCAAAAAAAUAUUAGCAUCUUCGCAGGAACCUUCAAUGUUAAUGGUAAAACGCAGGAAGGUGACAUAUCUGAGUGGCUGUUCCCGGGAGGUACAGGGCCAGAUCAGCUCGCCGAUGUCUAUGUGCUUGGUUUUGAAGAAGUAGUAGAAUUGAGUCCAGGUCAAAUGCUUUCCACAGAUCCAUAUGCCAAGCAAUUUUGGGAAAAGAAGAUUAUAGAAACGCUGAAUAGCGCCGGAAACAAAAGAUAUAUGCAUGCUUGGGGUGGGCAACUUGGCGGAGUAUUGCUUGUGCUUUUCAUUAGUGAAUCAGAAUAUUCGAAAGUCAAGCAUUUAGAAGGUGAUGUUAAGAAAACUGGGUUUGGUGGUAUGUCCUCUAACAAAGGUGCUGUUGCUGUGAGGUUUACAUAUUCGACAACUAAGUUUUGCAUCUUGGUGUCGCACUUGGCGGCAGGGCUGGAGAAUGUGGAACAGAGACAUCAUGACUACAAGACAAUAGUCAAGAAUAUAAGAUUCGCUGGCGAUCUUUCCAUUAAGGAUCAUGAUGUGAUUAUAUGGAUGGGUGAUUUCAAUUACAGAAUUUCGCUUCCCAACGAUGAAGUGAGAAAACGUGUGAGAAACUCAGAGUACGGGAAGUUGUUCGAAAAAGAUCAGCUAAAUCAACAAAUGAUUGCUGGAGAAUCAUUCCCGUAUUAUAACGAAAUGGAAAUCAACUUUCCACCAACUUAUAAGUUCGACCCGGGAACGAAGACCUACGACACUAGCGAAAAAAUGAGAAUUCCAGCUUGGACAGACCGAAUUUUGAGCAGGGGUGAGUCAUUGAGGCAGCAAAGCUAUGGUGCAGCUGAGAAUAUUAUUUUUUCCGACCAUAGGCCUGUGUACGCUACCUUUAACUCACUAGUUACCGUAGUGGAUGAGCAGUUAAAAGCGAAGUUGACUACAGAGAUAUAUGAAAGACUGACGGAGCAGCUCGCAGAUCUCACCGAUGAGGAAAGGUAUGCUGUUCUAAAUAGCAGUAACCUUCUUGUGGAGAAGUCUGAGAGUGAAGAUCCUAUGGGCCCCGAAAUUAGGAGAGGCCGUAAAUUGCCGCCUCCUAGCUCAACUACCAGAAAAUGGUGGAUUGGUACUUCAAAGCAAGUAAAGAUUGUGCUGGACGUAGACCCAGACAAGUAUGUUAUCAACCCAAGUCGGCCUAUCAAUCCGUUCGUAGACGCUAAUGGCGAAGUUCUCUUUGUGCAAAGAGGAUCGACGUGA